AGACAUGCUCAGAUUGUCCUUAUCAGUGUCUGACAAGAUUUCGGGAAAGAGCCAACAGAGAAAUUAAACUUUUUUUUUUUUUUUACACCUUUCACUGAUUUGUUUGUUAUUGUGACCAAGUCUCUCAAGGAGCUUUUGAAAUCUCACGAGAGAUGACUUGUUGCAGGGAGAACAACAGUGGAAGCGUCAGUGAGAAUCAGUGAGAAUCAGUGAGAAUUGGAGAGAGGACUGCCUGGAAGAGUUUGUUUGGUUGGAGUUGAGAAAAUGUAGCUUAGUGUUAUCAAGAUUUUUGGCUGAAUAUUUAGCCAAUCUCAACACCGGAUCAGUGAAGGGUAAAGAAAGACAUUUCAUAUCUCUGUGGAGUCAUUUUGGUAAUGUUGUCAGACACUUAAACAGCAAUCUGAGCCUGUCAAUGGCAAAAACAAGCAGUUUUUAGUGGAUGUAAAGUGACGAUGCACAAUUGCCCGUAGAAAUAAAAUAGCAGUCUGUUUCGCUGCUGACCAAUUUCAAAAACUGUUGCUUCCAUCAGUAACUGAAGCCUCAUUCCCACUGCGCAAAUAUUCAGCUAAUACCUAACAUCUGUCUUUUUAAUGCAAUAGGAAUGCGUACGAUCGGCAUCAACAACCAGAUCAAAUGACCCUGCAGAAGACACGGGUAUGAUUCACCUCCAACUGUGAAGCACUGCUGAGAACACAACACCUGGAUGAACACACUAAUGACAGCUCAUCAACUGUUGCUUAUACUGAAGUUAUGGAGCAUCAUCAUCAUUUAUUUGGAGUCGUGUUCCUGGCCGCCUGAUGAAUGGUUUUACAGCUUUGAGCUUUCUGGCAGCCCAGGAAAGCAAGAGAAGGCGCUGCCUGACCAUCUGUCUCACCACCAUAAACACUGAUUCUGGCUUUGCCCUUUAAUACAGCUGAGGCGGUGAAUCCUAUUGCAUACACCCCUCGUUUCAUCAUAUCAUCGGCCUUCGGAGAGGGCGUCACAAAGGGUGCCAAGACCCGACUGCAAGGCGCAUACAUGCACGCGUGUGUAUGCGCGAGUCCUCCGUGUAUAUGUGCGUAUGUGGUCUGCCUGUGGAUCCGCUGACAUGAGGAGCUGAAACAGAACCGACACAAGGAUGAAAAUGCUCCGGUUUCGCAGCCCCAGCAUCCGCUCCUUGGACCAGGAGGUCCUCUGCACGAUCCGGUUACUGGACGACUCCGAGAUCUCCUGCAGCAUCCAGAGAGACACCAAAGGCCAGUUCCUGUUGGACCAUGUGUGUAACCACUACAACCUACUUGAGAAAGACUACUUUGGUAUUCGAUAUGUGGACCCCGAGAAACAGAGGCACUGGCUGGAGCCCAAUAAGCCCGUGGUGCGGCAGAUGAAGUCAGCCCAGCAGCCGUAUACAAUGUGUUUCCGGGUCAAGUUUUACCCCCACGAGCCAAUGAAAAUCAAGGAGGAGCUCACCAGGUAUCUCCUGUACCUCCAGCUGAAGAGAGAUAUCUACCACGGCCGUCUCCUUUGUCCUUUUGCUGAAGCUGCAUAUCUAGGAGCCUGCAUCAUACAGGCUGAGCUCGGGGACUUUGACCCAGAGGAGCAUCCGUCAGACUACAUCAGAGACUUCAAACUGUUCCCUAAACAAUCCCUCAAACUGGAGAGGAAGAUCAUGGAAAUACAUAAGAAUGAGCUCAGGGGCCAGUGUGCUGCAUUUGCGGAGUUAAACAUGCUCCAAAGGGCUCACAGCCUCGAGACGUAUGGAGUUGACCCUCACCCAUGCAAGGAUUUCACAGGCUCCACAGCCUUCCUCGGGUUUACAGCCACAGGUUUUGUGGUCUUCCAGGGAAACAAGAGGAUCCACCUCCUUAAGUGGGCUGAUGUCAGCAAGCUGAAGUUCGAAGGGAAAACCUUUUACGUCAUUGGGAUUCAGAAAGAGAAGAAACUGGUGUUGACAUUUCACACUUCGACCCCUGCUGCGUGUAAGCACUUAUGGAAGUGCGGGGUGGAGAACCAAGCCUUUUACAAAUGUGCAAAGUCAAGUCAGAUAAAGACAGUUUCCAGCAGUAACAUCUUCUUCAAAGGCAGCAGGUUCAAAUACAGUGGAAGAGUGGCGAAGGAGGUAAUAGAAGCCAGCUCCAAGAUUCAGAGAGAGCCACCUGAAGUGCGCAGAGCCCAGUUUGGUCAGAGUCGAAGUUUCAACUCUCUGAGCCACAAAAACCUCAUCAUGAACAUGGAACCGCUGGUACCUGCACUGCCCUCCACCAACGAGUACGAGGAGACGGCCACUGACAACGGUGUUGUUGCUGUAAAGGACUCUGUCCCCUUGUCUCCUCUCAAACCGUCAGCCGCACCUGCAGACACAGAGCAACAAAGUAAUGAAGGAGGAAACUCUGCUUUAGGCAAUGACCAGCAGGCUCCCCGUGUUUCCAUGGAAACCUCAAAUCUCCGACCUCAGACGCCCAAAGCUGAAGAUGAAGUGGAGGAGGACGAUGAGGCCAGCGGCCCACUCACUAUUUCUGAGCUUGUCUAUAGCCCUUGUGCCAGCAUGCUGCCCACUCCAGUGGACGACAGCCAGGGAGGCGUCGACUUGCUCUUCUCCUCUCCGGUCCAGAGCCCCGUCAGGCUACUGAGGGAGCUCCAUGCUGACCCCGACAUCCAGGCCCAGCUGGAGGCCGAGAGGGAGCGAGACCGGGCCUACGAACGAACCAGGCUGGCUGCCAGAAGUCGAAUGGGUGGAGUCCUGACCAGCAGCCUGCGCCUGCUGUCGUCCAAUGAAAGAGUCAACGCAUGUGUGCUGAGCGUGGCCCGCUUUGUCGCCGUGGUAAUGGGUGUCUUACUUGUCACUGUGCCCACACUGCUGCUGCUGCUGGAGUCAGACAUCGAUGUGUCGUUCCUCCAUGAGAUCCGCCAGACGCCGGAGUUUGAGCAGUUUCAUUACGAGUAUUACUGCCCGCUCCGGCGUUGGAUCCUGUGCAGGAUCAGCAUGGCCAUGGAGAACCUCUGGUCAGACUGAAGAGCAAAAGACGGAGAGGGAAAAUGAGAGAGUGAGGAGUAACUGCAAGGGAAACAAAUAUGCUCAAAUGUCUGUCUUAACAUGUCUUUUAAUCUUAUAUUCAGUCUCAACUGCUGGUGAGACAGAAGUCUGCCAAUGGGAUUAAAUCAUUUCACUUAUUUAAGAGCAAUUUAGGUUAUUUUAUGAGCAGAUGAAAUGGAUCUUUUAUGAGGGCUCACUAAAUUUCAAUAAAGUAGCCUAAUGUUUUUAAAUAGGGGCCUGAGAUGGAUACACAGUCAGUACGGUGGACCUUAGAGCUCAAUGCACUGCAAAUAAAGAAAACAUGCAAAUAGUCCCAGCACAAGAAAAUGAAGAAACAUCUUUAAAACUCACUGAAUUGAUAAAACAUGCAGCAUUUAGAGGAAGCACUGCAGGAAGUUCACAACACAACUUAACUGUUACGACAGCACACUAAAAAGUGAUGCAUAUUUUUGAGACAUGCUUGUUGUUUCCAUUUAUGGCUUAUGAAGUUGUCUGUCAUUGCAACACAUUAUGAUCAUGAAUAAAAUUAUGUUAAAAAAAAACCAAAAAAUUAUUUUUGAAUAUAUUUUUCAAUAAUACUGAUAUAUAGCAGCGUUCACUAAGUUCAUAAUUCACAAACAGCAACAGUAAGGGCUGCGUGUCCCAGCCGUGUGCAUCACUUCCGUUUUAUUAUGAGCCUCUCGCAGCUUCUUGCUGUGCAUGUGUCAUCUUAAAUUGAUGUUUUUGUUGGUCAUUAAGUUGGUGAAGAUAUUUCUUCAGUUGCUUGUCUUGUGUCUAUUUGCAUCGAUUUUCUUCAUUUUCAGUGUGUUGACAACUCUUGGGGUCACUGCAUCUCAGGCCUCUUUGUACUUAUGUCUGAUUGACUUACACUGAAACAAGCAGAAUUAUUUCUCCUCUUUGGCAGCAUAAUUGAGUGUCUUGAAGAAAAGUGAUAUAACAGAGAAAUAAGGAUUUAACCACAGGAUCAAAUCACUUGUUAAGGCAGACACUUUUGGCAGUGAUGAACUAAAAAGACAGAAGACAAGAAAUACCGUAAGUGUUGGAAGAAGAACCUGUAGAGGGGAGAGAUUCAUGAAAAUAAAAAACAAAGGAAGUCAAGGGCGGAAAGGAAGUCACAAAAAGAUCCAGACAAGAAAAAAGUGGUUGGUUUCUAUUUAAUGGAAGUUUUAAAGGUCUGCUCACUCCUGAUGCUGACUAGCUGAUGCAAUGACUCUUUGGUAAAUAUCGCAAAGCAUUCUGAUUGGUUCUCGCCCUCAGAGCGGAGCGCCUGAUUGGUCACAGAGCCUGUCAGUCAUGACGGAGUGGGCGGGGACAGAAAGAGAAAACGAUUGAUUUGUCACUGAAUGCAACAAUAGCCACAGUCAGAGGUACAUUAUAUAUAUUUAAAAACAAAAGAGUAACAUUGAUAAUGAAUACCAAUCUUAAAUAAGUUGUUUUUAACGUUUUGUACAUUUUUAUGUGAUCCAGAUCUUUCAGGAAUUUUUCAGUCAGAGGAUCUACUUUGAUCUUAUUUUGAAAUUAAGAGUUUACAAAAGAUGACAAAAAAAAGCAAAUUUAUUGAAGUUUACCGGGGUGAUGGGUGUUGAGAAAUUUAAGCUAUUUUUUAAGACUACCGUCAGCGUUUGUUGACCCGGUAGCACCCUGGGUUUUUCCUACAGAGGCUAUAGCACAAAUGUUUUACACAGAUCACAGAUUACAACUGUUUCAGAUUAUGUGAUGUCAUUUUGGAAACAGGAGAGUGGCAGAGGAGAGAAACUUUAGUCUGUUUGUGAUGACGUGUUUUGUUGAACUUCUAAAUGUCUUCAGAACUAAAUGUUAGCUCACUAAUUAAGGCUACUAAUGCAUCUUUCAGUGUGUUUUAAGAGAGCUUAAAUAUAAAUGGUUCAAAGAAAUGCUGAAGGAAAGAAAAGGUUAUUAUUAUGAAAAUUUACGGUAAUAGUGGGUAAAAACGUGAUUUUUGAAUAUUUGUUGGUCUAUGGCGUGCUAGUAUUCGGCGGAGCUCUGUGUAUUUCGGAGGGAUUUAAUGAGAUAGGACAAUGCACUCAAAAUGCCCAGAGGAACAAGUGUAUAUAGUCCAACUACACUGCUGCUACGUGACGUGUGAUGGGACAGAUGAUGCAUUUAAUCGUCUUAAUCUCUCAUGCAGGUCUUUCUCUGGUCCUUGUCUGGUGUAGAAGAUCUGACUGGACGAAUUUGGUAGGGGGAGUAGAGUUGCAGGUAUUUAACUUAAGCAUUUCAAUCACUGAUCAAAUUAGAGAUGAUUUGUAGCCAUUUCUAAGAAGAUCUGUGAUAGCAUCACGUUGAGCAUCCUGUGAUUAUCAUUUAGAUGACUGCAACUGUUCCUACAUGACAGUAUAUUCUCAUUUAAAUGUUAGAGACCAACAAGUUAUCAAGAGUUAAAGAAUGGAAGUGAAGUUUGAGUAGAUAUAAAGCUGUGUCCAUGGACAUUUACUGCUGAUACGGCUGGGUUUCCAUAAAGUCUGAAGCCAUGGAGUCGAGGAUGAACAAUAUCAAGUGUAAAAUGAGGAGGGGAUGCAAAAAACUGACGUAAAAGUCAGUAUUUGGUACAGAAAAAUAGAACUACGAUUGAUAUUUAUAUUGUGACUUUUUGAGUUUACGCUGGGAGUUUAAGGUACAGUUCAUGCAAAGAUCAAAAAUACAUAUUUUUUUCUUACCUGUAGAGCUAUUUGUCCAUCUAGAUUGUUCUGAGUUGCGGAGCGUUGGGGAUAUCGGCCGCAGAGAUGUGUGCCUUCUCUAAAAUAUAAUGGAACUAGAUGGCACUCAUAGCACCAAACACUAGAUUUGAAAAACUCAACAGCAAUGUCUCUUU